CUCAACUGUCCAAUCCGUUGCUCCAAAUAGCCCAUCCUGCCGCAGGAGGCGGGUCUUGCGGGAAAAAAAACACGCGAUGCUCGCGAGAUACCGUCACGUACACCAGCGGCACGGCCGGAUGCUUCUGACAGCGACUGACAGAAACCCACGGUAAUUUAUCGAGUGACCUUGCCGGUGGACGGCGCAUCAGGAGGCGUUAUAAACAUCCACCUCACGGUAAAAGAAACAAAAACCCGAAAAUGCCGCUGGAUGAAGAGAAGAACGGGGCUUGCGAUAGGUCCAUAUAUGUGAACAAUCCCCAUUUAGACUCCAUGACAGAUGACAUUCUUUACCAUUUUAACCUGGGAACCUCCACUCACGACUUACCAGCCAUGUUUGGAGAUGUCAAAUUUGUGUGCGUAGGAGGAAGUCCGUGGAGGAUGAAGUCUUUCAUCGAGUACAUUGCCAAAGAACUGGGCAUAUCGGAGCCUAACGCUGAAUACCCAAAUAUAUGUGCGGGAACCGAUCGCUACGCCAUGUACAAAGUCGGACCUGUGCUGUCUGUCAGCCAUGGCAUGGGCAUCCCAUCUAUCUCCAUAAUGUUGCACGAGCUUAUCAAGCUCCUGUAUCAUGCGCGCUGCACUGACGUGACCGUAGUGCGCAUCGGGACGUCAGGUGGAAUAGGAUUAAAGCCAGGGACUGUGGUGGUUACCAAGCAGUCAGUGGACUCUGUGUUCCAGCCUCGUCUUGAGCAGAUCAUCCUGGGCAAGCCAGUGGUCAGGAGCACAGAGCUCGAUGGGGAGCUUGCGGAGGAGCUGCUUCAGUGUGGAAAAGACCUGGCAGAGUUUGAGACCGUCAUCGGAAACACAAUGUGCACCCUCGACUUCUAUGAAGGUCAGGCUCGGCUGGACGGGGCCUUCUGCUCGUACAGCGAAGAAGAUAAACAGAGUUAUCUUGGCGAGGCCUAUGCCGCCGGAGUUCGCAACAUCGAAAUGGAGUCGUCGGUGUUUGCAGCCAUGUGCAAACUGAGCAAUCUCCGAGCUGCGGUUGUGUGUGUGACGCUGCUGGACAGACUGAAAGGAGACCAGCUGACCAGCUCUCACGACGUCCUGAAUAGCUACCAGCAGCGGCCUCAGGUCUUGGUCGGACAUUACAUCAAAAAGAAGCUGAAUGCCUCUAAGAAAAGCCAGUUAGUUUGAAAGCUCUUCAGUAAAACAGUCCCAGGUGCAGGUAGGAACAAUAUAGUUAGGUUUUGAUCAGGACAAUGAUUUUUUUUUUUUUAAUAUACUGUAUGACAAAGCAGCUCUUAUAUGUUUCUCAAGCGACCAAGAUAAUGGAAAUACCUUAUUUUUUCUACUUUUUAAUACUGCAGUUACUAACAUGCUUGUGCAAAAUCAUGCCUUGAAUGUAAUACCUUUUAUUUCCUUGUUUUAAAUCGGUAACAAUGACAUUAUGUUCUAGAUGAUUUGAUCUGUCUUAAAUACCAGAUAUUUAUUAUUGUUUUAAAAGGCACUGUAUUAAAACUACUCCCGAUGAAGUAGUUGUGUAAAAGGGAAAGAUGUUAUUAAAAAGAGAGAGAACUAAGCGGUUUUAGCACUAGUUACAUUAAAAGGGUCCAGAGAGCAUUUUCAAAAAAAAAAAAAAAACGGUAAACCUCUGUUUGUUGGUCUGUGUUACAAACAAUUUGUUUGUAAAGUUGUACUGUAACGUUCACAAAUGUCUUAAACUUGAGGAUCGCAUAAUAUUUUCUCCUUUGACGUUUAACAUGGAAAGUGUUAUUUGGAUCUGAAUGUUUUGUUAUGCGACAUUCUGAAGAAUAAAACACAAAGAUGAAAUAAUUUGAUAAGUGAAA